UGCUUAAAUACUUAAAUUCAGAGACAUGGAUGGAAGACACAGCUCUCCACUAAAGACCUGGAACAAAUUUCAGCCUCACAAGUUCUGUGUCCAAAGACAAGGGAGCAGACAAGAUCAUCCUCAUCACCAUGUCUACUAUGCGUUUGCUGCACAUUUGCCUUAUACUGCUCUUCUCCACUGAAAUCUCAUCGCAGCACUGUGAUUUGCUUAGCUUCCAGCAGAAGAAACUAAACAAAGAUAGCUUAGAGCUCCUGGAGAAAAUGGGGGGAAAUUUUCCCUUUCAAUGCUUCAAUGAAGGGAUUGAUUUCAAGUCCAUGCAAGAUGUUCUCAAGCUCCAAUCAUCCCAGAAAGAGAAUGCAAAGUUGGCAAUUCAGAACAUCCUCCAAGAGAUCUUCACAGUCUUUAGCAAAAACCUCACACAAACUGCCUGGGAUACGAUUUCCAUCAUUACCUUCCAAAACAAACUUCACCAGCAAAUUGAGAGACUGGAAGCCUGUUUGGGUUCCCUGAAGGAGAAGGAUGGAACCAAGAUGGGAAGUGAUGGUUUAGUGCUCACCAAGCUGAAAGUCAAAAGAUUUUUCCAGGGAAUAUACAAUUUCUUGGAAGAGAAGCAGUAUAGCCAGUGUGCCUGGGAGAUCAUCCACAUGGAAAUAACCAGAUGUUUUCUGUUUGUUGACCAACUCACAAAGAGUCUUUAAAACUAAGGUAUAGUACCAACAUUUUUUGUACAGACUGCCUGAAUUAGCAUUAUACAGGUGAGAAGAGAAAAUCAAUCAUGUUGUGACUUCUUGUUUCUAAGGCCUAAUACCUCUUCAUGUAGUUUCUGGCUGAACCGAUUGAGUUGUAACUUAAUUUAGAUGCAGGGACAUCAACCCUUUCCUUUCCUCUGCUGGAACUGAUCGAUAAUUAAAUGAAUUAAGUACUGUUAUCAUGAUUUUUAAUAACUGUCACAAGAAGUUCUUCUCACAAUUUAAGCCUUAGAUGCUUCAUUCAGACACUUAAAAUAUGAGCAACCUUUCAGAAAACCAAUAAAAUUGUUAUGCCUAGGAAAAGAUAUUUUCAUACAAUUUUGAAACACAAGUCAUUGUAUUCCUUUGUGCUUGAACCGUUUCUCUUUUUUCAUUCCAGCUCAAGGCUAUUGCACCUACCAGUGCUAAGAAAACAGCCGAAUGAAACUAUCUUGCACUUGAAUCCAUUCUGACUGCCAACUCAUCCAUGGUGACUAAAUUUUUAGAGUCCUUCACAACACUUUUGGUUAUACAACUAUGAAGUGGAACCUGCACAUCAUCCAUUGUAUAUCAAAUACUGUAUUGUAGUUUUUAAAAUAGAAGAAAGAACUCAUAGCUGAAGAGCCAGAAAACCCUGACACAUUUUGGAAGGAUGAAACGCACCUUAAUGGCUUUCAGCAUUUUAUGUAUACUGUAUAUAGGGGCUCUUUUGUACUUUUCUGAUAAAAUAAUCGCUUAACUGUAACAUGCAUUGUCAUUUUCCUACAAUAUCAGAUGAGAGAGAGACUUCUAGCAGUCCCAAGAGAUUCUCAUCCCUACAGAAUACCAAUAAGUGAAUGCUAAUAUUGCAAUGAAGAGGACUUUUCAACAUUUUCUACACCCUGUAAACCCUCUUUGAAAUAGUAACUAAACUGAGUGAAUCUUUACAUGUGAAGUCAAGUAUGGUGAAAUUUUAUACAUCUAUCAAUCAAUCUAUCGUUACUACUUAUCAUCUUCCUGUAUUGAGGAUAUAUACUUUCAACUAAUUUUGCUGGAGUU